UUUGUUGCACGAUUUAUUUGUUCAAGUUUUGUAAACUGUUAUGGCGUUUGUGUCCCGAAACACAACGCAUAUUCGUAUCUCUUUCUUCAUUACCAAAUAAAAUUCAUUUGUUGUGUGUAAAGUGAUUGAAAAACAAGUGCAACGGGAGAUCAUUUAGAAGUUUUCUCGAAAUUAGUCUUCCCAAAAGUGAUGUCUGAAUGAAUUUCUCACGGUUCUUGGACCUGCAAUCAUGGUGGGAAGUGCCGUCUAUCGCUUAUUUUUGUUCCCUCUUCAGAACUGCAUUCAAUCUUUUGGAUUUUGACAUAGAAGAGUUGGAAGAAGCUCUUCUAACAGAUGGAACAGAAGAGUCUGCCAGCUCUCUCCUCACUGAGUUGAUUGUGCGCCUGCUGAACGGUUGUUUAGGCAACAAUGACAUCUCGGCAUUCAAUUAUCAGAUGUAUCUGAGGCGCCUAUUCAGGAGAAAAUGUCAAGAAACUGGAAGAUACAAUCCUUUUAACACUGAUAUUGAUUUUCAGUUUUUACCACUCCGUACUAAAGUAGAAAUUUUGUAUGCUUUAUGUGACUUUCGUUUAGAUGCCGAAGAUGUUUUUGAUUUGUUUAAAAAUCUUGAAGCUGAGAGUUUGAGAGUAGAGCCACUUGGGUGGGAUGACAAUGAUUCUGCUUAUUGGUAUUUUUAUGGCACAAGAUUAUAUCGUGAAGAUAUAAUAAAGAAACCGAAAGGAAAAAGCAAAAAGAAGAAAAAUAAAGAAAGCAGAAAGAGGGGUUGGUUUUAUGGUGAUGACUGGCUUGACGAUGAGGAAUCAGAACGUGUAUGGCAAGUUGUAUGCUUUACUGAAGAAGAUUGGACCCACCUGACAGAGAAAUUCAAAAAAGCCACAAGCAAGGUUGAAAAAGAGCUCUAUAGGUCACUAUCUCAAAAUUUUCUUCCUGAAAUACCUCGACUCUUUCAAGAAAAAGAACGACUACAACGAAAAAGGUUACUGGAACUUGCACCGCGACGAACAUCUAGUCGCGUGCUCCAAAAAAUAAAACAAAAAGCAGAAGAGAGCAAACAGAGCACGCAUGACGACAAGGAAGAAGAAGAGGAAAGGAAAAAGACACCGGACAAUUCAAGGGAGAGUAGAGCUAAACGAAGGAAUUUACUAAGAUCUAAAUCACCAUCAUCGGAUUCAUCUGACAGUUCUGAAAGUGAAAGAGAGGAAAUGCCACAAAAGGUCACCAAGCAGGCUAAGGGCCAAGACAAGAGGUCAAAAAACUCCUCAGCUACGCAAAAAGGAGAACCUCCCCCAGAACCACCUGUAAAAACAGGCAGAAAAACAAAUAACUCGCUUGCUUCUGCCACUGGUCAAAUAGUGAUCCCGGACAAUGACGAGCCUGUCAGCAGCACACGGAAAAAACUCAAGACUUCUCAAAUAUUCAGCCAAACAGAGGAGGACAUCCAAACUGAUAUGUAUAAAGUUCUUGAGCAACUAACAGCACAUGAAGAUGCUUGGCCCUUUAUGGACCCCGUUGAAGAAGAAUAUGCUCCUAAUUACUAUGCAGUCAUUAGGCGCCCAAUGGAUUUACGUAAAAUGGAACAAAGACUUGACACAGGAUAUUACACGGAUUUUUCAAUGUUUAAAGCAGACUUUAAGCUUAUUGUUAACAACUGCAGACUUUACAAUGGUCAAGACAAUGAGUACACAUUGAUGGUGGACAAUUUGCAAGCUGCUUUUGACCGUCUUACGGAAAAAUACAUGCAUAGAUUAUCAUCAUCUGAUGAAGAAAUUGCAGUUGAAUAUCAACUGCCUACUCCAUCUCGAAAACACAAAUUAAAGGCCAGUGAAUCUCCAAGUCGACAUAAGAAAAAGAAACGGAAAUCUCAUUCUGAUACAGGUGAAGCUAAAUCUUCCUCUGAUGUAAAAGAAGAAGAAGAGACACCAGAGCCAGAGGAGGAAAAUCAAGAAGAAGUUGAACAUAAAAAAUCUAAAGAAUCUCACAAGAGCAAAGAUGGUAAGGGAAAGAAAAAACGCAAGGGUCAUCACCGUCAUGGUAAACAUUCUAAAAACCAUAGAUCCCACAAAGGGGAACAUGGGGAAUCUGCUAAAAGACAUAGUAGGAAACAUUCGAAAAAUAAAGAUAAAGAUGGGAAAAAGUCAAAGCAAAAGAAAAAGAAGAGUAAGCACCAUGAAGUAGAACCUGUUGUGGAAGAAAUAAAACGUGCUCCAUCUCAAGAGUCGUUGGAAAGUUCUAAUAGAAGCAGGAGCGCUAGUCCUCUGCCCUCUAUUCAUACACCUUCACCAUCACCCACAGAACUUAAUGAGCGUGAAAACUCGCCUAAGCCGGAGGAAUCUGAUUUAUUCAGUGAUAAAUAUGACAAAAUCAAACUUCGUAGACGCCAUGCCGCUAAAGAUGCUUGGGAUUCAUUAUUUGACUACAAACAAAAAACAGCUGGAGACAAACAGAAUCUGCAAGUACCCGAAAAAGAGAAAAAUCAAAAGUUACGCGAAACUAUUGAAAAACUGAAAGCUAAGAACGAGAAGUAUAAAGAAACUUCUCUAUUCAAUAGUCUGUUUACCCCCAACCAUAGCGGAGCUGAAAGAACAUCUGAGACGAGCACCUCUAAAGAAACAAGUAAUAAAGAUGCUGAUGAAGAUGUGGAUUCUGAUGGUGACCUUUCCGACAUUCCAAUCCAAAAGAUUAAAACAAAUGCUAAGAAAGGUAACAAAAAGACUACCGCGAAAAACGAGUCCGCUUCCGAAGCACUCGAACAAGCUGUGAAAGACAUUAGCAAGUGGCUUGAUGAUGCGCCCAAAAGUUCUGCAGUCAGUUCUCCUUGUGACAGUCCAGCGCAAACAAUUUCCACUGAAGAACAUGACAACAGCCGUUUAGAUGAUGAAUUUUCAAUUGGAGAAAAAUCCACACUUGUCAGAAAAGAUACAGGGCGUAAACGUCCAUCAUCACGCGAACCAAAACUGUUGAAACGCAGGGAAAUACAAAGAACCAUAGAUCGAUUACAGCCAGGAAAAGGAAAAGGCAAUUUGCUCACUAAUAUGAGUAACAAAAAUUCGGAAAAAGUAGAAGAUGCAACACCUCUCGGUCCGGUCCACAAACUAAAAGAUUCCAGUAAAGCUGAGGAAUCUAGCCCGAAGUUAAGCCUUGGGUCUGUUUUACCAACUGUAGAAUUCACUCUCGGUACUGAUCACAAUUUUACAAAUGACGAAGUCAACUCUGAUACUCAAAUUGACACAGGCACUAUAAAAAAGGUAGAGCCUAAAACAGAAAUAAAGAAAAAUGAUAAAGUACUGGAAAAGAAAGAAGACCCCAUAGUUGUCCAGCCUGAUAAAAAAGAUGCAGAGGUUGAGACUGACCUUCCAACUACAAUUAAACCAAGUCAAGAAAAAGCUACGCCAAACCUUAGCGCCUGGUUUAAGGCAUUUGGUGCUCCGAAAAAUACGAACUCGACAACUGUAACCAAGAAAAAACAUGAUGAUCACGACUUUGAAGAGAAAGCUUCGGAAAAUACUAACAAUGAAGUUAAAUCUACAAGCCCUAAAAAUAUGACAGUUAAAUAUGACUCUCCAACUGAUCCAGAUACACCAAAUCCUGAUGGUGGAGACAGCCCUCUACCUAACGUCUCUGCAACUCCAAGGCAAAGGAGAACUAGCACUGGCAGUUCUGUAUCUGAAAGAUCUUCUUUCAGUCAAGAUUUGGACUCACCAAGACAUCAAAUGUCACAUACGUCGCCUCUAUUGCGAUCACCAGCGUCACCCAGGACAGACGACUUCCAAAAAAUAACAUAUCCCAUAAUAAAUGGUACCAUCCGUGCCGGAUUUUAUCAAGAUACUACAUCUAUUAAAAGUAGCCCUGAGAAAAGCUGCAGUCCACGUGAAGCUCCACAAUCUCCAUACUCUCCUUAUUCUUCUCAUGUGUAUGCUUCGAAUAACGUCAUGGGUUCUGCAACUCCCAAUUAUUUUGUCGAUCAUAAUAAGAGCCCACUUCCAUCAUAUAGCCAAAAUCCACCCCCAUAUUAUGAUACAUCAAAAGUACCAAUGGUCAACAAACCAGUUAGAGUUCAUGAUGAUUACACAUCAUUGGGUCCUGACUCAUAUCCACAAAAUCAAUAUACGGGUCCAUUUUCGCCAGCACAUCCGCCAUACCCUCAAAAUCAACCAAAUCAUGCACAGCCACAGAAUUCUCCUCAACCAAUCCCUCCUAGCCAGACCUCACAGCCUAGUACUGCACAAAUACUUCCAGACCCUAAAAAUUCACUAUUCCCUGUUAAAAAACGAGCAUACAAUGAACCAGACCUUACUAUGACAGCUGCAAAGAAAAUUGCUGAGGCAAAAGAUCUUCCAGCUCCAGCACAGAACAAAACCGAUUACCAAAAAAUUGGUCCAUCUCUUCACUCAAUGUCAUCUUUACCUACGCCAUCAGUUGAUGACAUUGCUUUGGCUCUGAGUGAGAAGUCUGAAAUGGCAAAAAUAAACAGUUUACGUGAAAAGAGCGCAGUAAACUAUACUGAACGACAUGGUGUCGAAAAUAGAGACGUAUCAUACAACGCAGAACCUAUUCAUCAUGAGAAUAAAAAAGAUUUACCAUCUAUGGAAGUAAAUAAACCCAUUGCUAUAACUAAUAAAAAAGAUGGUAUAGAUAUGGUUAAUAUGGGAUACAUGAACUCUGAUCACGACAGAAGGAAUGUUGCAGAAACUCAUGAAGUAGAUUUUAGCAUGAACAGAGAGUUGAGCAAAGUAGCACACGCACCACAACAAAAAGGAUAUGAAGUGGAAGCGAUUGCAAUCAACCUCGGGUUGAAUAGCCAGCAACACCCAAAACUGAAUUCAAAACCGAACAUUACGAAUAUUCACUCAAAUAAUAUCCCACCAGCACAUUCACAAGCCCAUAAUGAAAUGCUGAAUCAGACAGUGGCUCAUGCACAUCACAACCAAUAUGAUGUUAUCAGCGGACAAUCAAUUGGAAACUUCUCUCUGAAUGACAUAGAACUGGCUAACAAGAAGCUGUAUGCGUGCAACGCUACUCCAUCGCCUGCUGCAUUGGACUAUGGCAACUGGAAAAUGUCCAACCAAAUGAGGAAGCAAGAUUUAUUGCCAUCAGAUUAUGCAACCAAUUACAGCACCAACAAUUCAGAUAAACUAAAACAAGACACAGGAAACUCCAAUACAAAUGCUAUCAACUAUAAUAAAAAUGUGCAGCAGCCUUAUAACAACUAUGGUGUGCCUAGAACAACCAUGCAAAGGACACAAGACUUACAACAAAGCCUCCCAUCUGAGCUAAGAAUACCUAAUCCAAGAGGUCACCUAAAGAAUGACCAUGGAACCAAUGACAAUGAGAUGGUGCCUAAAGCAAAUGAUCUUGUUAAAACACAAAAAGCUGAAAAACUGGUGCAGAAUCAUCCGUUAGUUGGUUCCUUGCCAUACAAAACACCAUACAGUACUCACUCUGCUCUGCCUCUGGAAAGUCUGCGCAAUUUGCCAAAAAUUCCUCAAAUGUUGGAUAGAUAUACAAAUGAAGAAAGAUACCUAUCAAGCUUUGCUGGAAGCACUUCAGCAUUAUACCAUGACAAAACUUUCCAAAUGGCACAAAUGUUCAACAAAAGCAUAUCUUCAGAUGUACAUCCUACUACAUCAGUAAACAUUUACUCUCAACCUGCCAUAUCAAUAAGUAAAGACAAUAGUAUCUACAAAUCAUCAGGUACUGUGACUUCUCAACCAGAGACUAAAUCAAAGGCCAAGAGAAAGAGGACGUCGGAAACGAAGGCUCAUAUUAGCUCCCAGAGUUAUCACCCAUCACCUUGCAGUACCGAUGUGUUGUCUUCUGUCAAGUCUAGCAUUUUGCCAGGCAGUGCUUUCAAUUUCGGAUCAACUGCAAAUAUGGCUCUUGGUGGUGGACUCUAUGGCGAUAAUACCGGCUUCUCGAUUGAAGAUUUCCGGAACAGCACAGCCAAUCAGUUGAUGGCGGCGAAUUAUAUGGCAGCUGCGGUGGCUCAUCAGCAAAGGAACAAUGCAGAAUCUAGCGCGGAUAAAUUGGUGAAACCGGCUCAUCAGAACUCGACACACGCGGCUGGGACGUUCCCUUUCAUCGGACACUCGCAGGUGCGUGCAGGAUACCCGUUCGUGGGCGCGGAGCCGUCGUCGCCGCUGUACCAGCAGUACCUGCAGCGACACCAGGAGGAGCUGCUGCGGCAGACGGGCGCGCAGAUCAUGGGGCUGUACCCGCCGGGCUACCCGGCCGGCCUCGGCGUACGGCAACCUUACGACUCCAUUAAUCGACCUUCGUGGCUCUAAGAAUGUUAGCGUUAACUUUACAUUGUGAAACCUUAUUAUAAUCAUAAAUGUGACAUUAUUGUUAUAGGAAAUUGUAAUUUAUAUUGUUUGUAGAUUUGAGAUGAUAGCAUUUUGAGAAGAUAUUUUAUGGAUAUUUCUUAUUUACGUUAUAAACACAGUUAAUCGUUUACAUGACAAGUUUAUCUUUGCUAAACUAAUUUUAUUGUCUAUCUGCUUUUGUCUUUCACAUCACAGUAACCUACGAGACUGCUUCCAUUUAAUAGUUAAACUUGACUGUCCUUAAAUUAUAACUUUCGUGACUAACAUUUAUCUAUACAACUAAUAGUGAACAAAAACCCUCCACAAUAUUGUUGUUUUUUUUUUCUAAUUAUAUUUAGUUAGAAUAGCUAGCUACCUUCAUAUACUCAAAUUCACAUCUGAAAUUAGAAGCAGUGUUUGCAAUAUCAAUAUAUGAAUAUUAUAUUAUAAUGAUAUAAAGAAAUUAUUUAAUUAUUAUCAAUUAUCAAUAUAACGACGCUUGUAAGCUUUUAGCUUUAAUUUUCUUGACAUAUUUUUUUUACGUUAAGGUCACAUGAAGUUGUAUUUGUUAUAUUAUAAUUAAGUAAAUUUUAUUUUUAAUUAUACUACUUAAUUUAGACUGUUGUGUAAAUACUUCAAUAUUUUGUUUUAGUAACAAUGUUUUAGCUAUUUUAAGUAUAAUAUUUUGUUAAGUGACAUUUUAAUUUCAAAUUAAUAUUAUUAUUCAUGAACAUAG